AUGUCCCUCAUCGCCAGGAGAGCACUGCUCCGUGCUCCGCGAGCACCCAUUACCGUCGCCCGACGUAGCUACGCCGAGAACAAGCCGGGCCAGUCUGCAGACUUGACUGGUGACAACGCGGCAGAGAAGAAGGUGGACUUGAGGGAGGGCGCGAAGAGGGAUCCCGAGCUCUACAUCCUCCUCGCCAUCAUGUCCGGCGCGUUCGGCCUCGCUGGCUGGCACUUCUCCCGCAAUCCCACCUCCUCCUCCUCCGAAAACAAGAUCGCCCAGGCCGACAACAGCGAGCCCUGGCACACCGGCACAAACGCCAAGUAUCAGUAUCACCCACACGGCGACGUGCGAAAGCCAAGGAAGGAUGCGCCUAGUGCUUUGAACGAGGUCAUCAUUCCUAAUGUGAACCUGCCGAAGGAGCUACACGAGAAGUACAACAAAUGGGGCAAGGAGGGUUACUAG